GAUCCACGGGUGUCCCCGCCCGCCGCCCGCCCACGCGAGAGGCGCGGCAAAGAUGGGCUCCUCCGGCCGGCCCGACGUGCGCUGCCGGUCCUGGCAGGGCAGGCAGAACGGGGGGCGCUGGGCGGGCAGCUGCCCCGCCUCAGCCGGCCGCGGGGUGUCGGCACCACGGGAACCGACGGCGGGUCCGUGGGCAGCGCGGGCAGCGGCGACCGCUACCGCGGGAAUGGGGACAUACAGCGGGCGGCGUGGGCGGGCAGGCGGGGACCACCCCGCAGUCAGGACCGCGGUCAGCGGCGGUGCCUCUCGAUCAGCACCGAGGACAGCGGCGAGGCCGCCCUGCCCACCUCCUUCCCUGCCUGCCCCCCGCCCUCCCGGCCCAGUCCUCCCGCCCUGCCCCGCCGGCGGCUCAUAAAGCCGGUAGUGGCCCGGAGCGCGGGAGCACCAUGUCCCCGCCGGGCGUCGCGCUGCAGGCACCCCGGCUCCUGCGCCUCCCUGCUGCCUCUGCCGAGCCGUGCAAGGAUUAUGCGCCCAGAUGAUGCCAAUAUCGCGGGGAAUGUCCACGGGGGAACCAUCCUGAAGAUGAUCGAGGAGGCAGGAGCCAUCAUCAGCACCCGCCACUGCAACUCCCAGGCCGGGGAGCCCUGUGUGGCUGCACUGGCACGGGUGGAGCGGACGGACUUCCUCUCGCCCAUGUGCAUCGGCGAGGUCGCCAACGUCAGUGCUGAGAUCACCUACACCUCCCGGCACUCUGUGGAGGUUCAGGUCAAUGUGAUGUCUGAAAACAUUUUAACAGGGGCAAAGAAGGUGACGAACAAGGCGACACUGUGGUAUGUGCCACUGUCCCUGAAGAAUGUGAAUAAGGUCCUUGAGGUUCCCCCCAUCCAGUAUGUGAGAAAGGAGCAGGAGGACGAGGGGAAGAAGCGUUAUGAGGAGCAAAAGCUGGAUCGGCUGGAAACUAAGCAGAGAAAUGGUGAUGUGAUCUUACCUGUCAUCAACCCAGAUAGGCAGACAAAAGAGCCACACACUGUUGGCUACAGCCAGUCCAGCCUGAUCCACCUGGUGGGCCCGUCGGACUGCACGCUGCUGGGCUUUGUGCACGGAGGUGUCACCAUGAAGCUCAUGGAUGAAGUUGCUGGCAUCGUGGCUGCCCGCCACUGCAAGACCAACAUCGUCACUGCCUCAGUGGAUGCCAUCAACUUCCAUGAGAAGAUCAAAAAAGGCUGCGUCAUCACUGUCUCAGGACGCAUGACAUUCACAAGCAAUAAAUCCAUGGAAAUAGAAGUCUUUGUUGAUGCUGACCCAUUUGUGGAUGAGCCUCGGGAGCGGUACCGUGCUGUCAGCGCCUUCUUCACCUAUGUGUCCCUGAGCAAGGAGGGGAAGCCCCUGCCCGUCCCGCAGCUGCUGACGGAGACAGAGGAUGAGAAGCGUCGCUUCGAGGAAGGGAAGGGCAGGUACCUGCAGACCAAAGCCAAGCGGCAGGCGCAGAUGCAGGAGGCUGCCCAGCAGUGACCUGUCCGGCACCCUCGCCACCAGCGCCCGCCGAACAUCCAGGUUGUUCCCAUUCGUUUUGUGUCCAGUCUGCGCCAGCCCCAUGCCUCUGCCCGCCCCAGCCUGCUGCCGCCGUCGCUGCUUUGCUGCUGAUGGGCUCAGCACCGUAGACCUUGUGCUUCAGGGUGGCUGAAGCUCCCUGAAAGCCUCCAGGAGUCUUCCCAGGCACUUGCCAUCCGCCUCCAGAGCCGUUGUCACUGUUUGAUCCCGUUGGUGACGCUCCUGCCUGUGUCAGAGCCAGGACGGAGGCGUGUGGUGGCUUGAGGGGCGUGUGAGGCCGUGAGUCUUUGUGCUGCUGUGUGCGACUCGCUGGUUUGUCCUACCAUGCACACCAAAGCUUUUGUACGUGUCGUGCCGCGCCAGGGCCGCACUGAAUGUCUGUGACAUCUCUAGGUAGUUCUCUGUGCACAUCUAAGUUAUUUAAGGAAUCCUGUGGCAUAAAUAAAGUCUGUUUCAUUGACUGGAA